UCCUGCCUUGCUGCUUUGAGAUUCUAAGCUUAAGCUGCUGCACCCUGAUGAAGGAAACGCUAAGAUACUUGGCAGGCAUUGCAGGCCCGAGUGGCUAUGGCUCGAAAUCAACAGCUGAACAAGUUGCAGACAAUUGUUCUUGCUGGGUCGACCCUCACCAUCUAACUGCUAUAAUCACUGGGGCAACGUCGGGCAUUGGAGCUGAGACAGCGAGAGUGCUGGCGAGGAGAGGAGUGAGAGUUGUGAUACCAGCAAGAGAUCUAAAGAAGGCAGUCGAACUGAAGGAGGGGAUCCUGAAGGAGAACCCGAAUGCUGAGAUUAUAUUGUCUGAGAUUGAUCUCAGCUCUUUGGCUUCUGUGAAGAGAUUCUGUGCUGAGUUCCUGGCUCUUGGACAACCCCUCAACAUCCUCAUAAACAAUGCUGGGAUUUUCUCUCAGAAUUUGGAGUUCUCUGAGGACAAGAUUGAGAUGACAUUUGCAACAAAUUACUUGGGGCAUUAUUUAUUGACAGAACUGUUGCUAGAAAAGAUGAUAGAAACAGCAGAGCAGACAGGCAUCCAAGGAAGAAUCAUAAACCUGUCUUCUGUGAUUCACAGCUGGGUGAAAAGAGACUGUUUCUGCUUCAGCCAAAUGCUCAACCCCAAGAAGUAUAAUGGCACCCGUGCUUAUGCUCAAUCCAAACUAGCAAACAUUUUGCAUGCCAAAGAAAUAACCAGGCAGCUAAAGGCAAAAAAUGCAAAAGUAACUAUCAAUGCAGUGCAUCCUGGCAUUGUAAAAACUGGGAUUAUCAGAGCACACAAGGGGUUUAUUACAGAUUCUCUUUUCUUUAUUGCAUCCAAAUUGCUCAAGUCUACCUCUCAGGGUGCAUCCACCAGCUGCUAUGUAGCAUUGAGCCCACAAGCAGAAGGGAUAAGUGGGAAAUACUUUGCAGACUGUAACGAGAGCAGCUGCUCAGCCUUAGCCAGUGAUGAAUCCGAGGCUCAAAGGCUGUGGAGGCAGACCCGAGCUCUGAUCCACAGGCGGUUGCAGCAUCAAACACCGAGUUAAUUAGAUUAUUAUUAUUAUUUUCUUCUCCCAUGUUUAGCCAAAGUAAUUUUGUCUCUGGAAAACAUGGUAAAAACUUAGAUUAGGAAGCUUUGUACAUAAUUAAGCACUGCACUUGUAAAUGCAGAAGACAAUUUUACAGGAUUAGUUGGGUACUUAAUAAAAGGGUGGGGGCUAAUUUUGAAUCAACCCCUAAUUUGCCCAAUAUGAAUUUUAGGUUGUAUUAUUUCAGUUCAUAUCUACUUAAAUACUAGUAUUAA